AUGGCCCAAGACCCCCGUCUAACCGAACUCCUCCGCUGGUCCGUCGAGCACUCCGACGUGACGCUCGACGACCCCGCGGCCGCCGAAACCGCCGCCUCGCAGCCCUCGCGGUCGCAGCUGACGCCCGAGAUGAUGGCGGCCCUCAUGGGCGGCCCCUCGGACGCGGACCUCAUGAAGGCGGCCAUGGAGCUCAUCACCGCGCCCGACGCCGACGUCAGCCUGGAGAACAAGCUCAUCGCGUGGGACAACUUCGAGCAGCUGAUCGAGUCGCUCGACAACGCCAACAACAUGGCCAACCUGGGCCUGUGGACGCCGCUGCUGGAGCAGCUCGCGCACGCCGAGGCCGACCACAGGAAGAUGGCCGCGUGGUGCGUCGGCACCGCGGUGCAGAACAACGAGAAGACGCAGGAGAGGCUGGUGGCCAUGGGCGACGCGGGGGUGCCCGCGCUCGUGGCCGUCGCGCUGGGCGCCGCCGAGAGGGAGGACGUGAGGAGGAAGGCUGUCUACGCGCUGAGCUCGGCGUGCCGCAACUACCAGCCUGCUAUGGACGUGUGCGUCGAGGAGCUGGGCAAGAGGGGGUUCGGGGAGGGCGCUAGGGUUGACGCGUUUGACAUGGACGCCGUGGAUGCCGUUAUUCAUGCGUUGAGGGAGAAGGCCAAGGGUGCGUAG